AUGAGUUCAGUCAAUCCGCAUCACUGGCAAAUCCGUGACAGCUGCCCUGCAUUCAGUUCAGCUGCAGAUUCAUUAACAGCUGCAAACGAAACUUGUCCCGUUCUUUUCUCACUCUGUUUUUUUUCACUCCAAUCUUCAUUAGCUAAUAAACUCAAAUUUGCAGAGCUUCAAGCUUUCAAAGAGCGCUUCGAGAAAGGCGAAGGAGAUAUUCAAGUCGAAAAGACUGAAAUUGACAUACGCGCGGGAGAUCUUAGUGAUAUUAAAUCUGCAUUCGAAAGGGCAGACGACGAUUCUGAUAUGACUCCGGAAGAAAGAGCUGAACUGAAGAAAAAGCACAUCGAAGAAGAAUUCUUACGGUACAAACUUGCAAGACGAGCAGCUGCUCAGAGAGAAGCCGCUGAAAAAGCCGCUGGCGAAGAGGGAGGAGGAGUGGAAGCAGGAGCGGACAUUGAAGUUGGCACAAUCAAAGAUCGUUUCGAGACAGGCGAAGCUUUCAAAGCUGAACAUAAAGGCUUGUCCUUCAUGCACUGA